GGAAGAGAUCUAUAUUCAUGGCCUUUCAAAAUCACAAAAACUUUGCCUGUGACGCAUAAACGAAAAAAGAAUGGGGUAUUUUUGAGAAUUUGCAUGGAUUAUGGGGAUUUGGAGUAUUGUGUUCAGGAUCUAUAUAAGAUGAAUCUGAUAUCGAUAUGGAAAAAAACAGAUAUUCGAGACCGAUAUAUCGAUAUCGAUCUCGACUUGUCCCACACUGCACCAGUAUUUAAAUCAACUAUGAUAUCUAACGGAAGUUUUAAAAUAUCUAGCCCGCAAACUUUUUUACGAGAGCGGCACGAGCAAAAACACCACUCACAAAGGAGAGUGCCUGAGGUGUCCGUAAAACUUCGAGAUAAAAUUUGGCAGACAGAUAGAUCAUACCCUACUUUAAUUAUGAAAUUCUCACCACUUUCGCUGCGGGGUACCAGGGACCGAGUUAUAAGCCCCCAAAAUUUUAGAUCCCCUCAGUUUUCUUUUCUACUCAUAAACAAUUUUGUAUUAGAACAAAUGUGUUAUUCGUUGGUGCAGUGGUAG